AUGGCCACUGAAGCCCAAGUCCCCGCCGAUGUCAAGGCAGAACUCAACCACGAGAUUGCCGAGAAUGUAAAGUCCAACACUGUUGAGGCCGCACCCGCAGACCCUCCAGCGGCAAGCACAAAGAAGAAAGAAAAAGCACCCAAACAGCCUAAACAACCCAAAGCCGCACCGGCCGCCGCACCUCUUUCUCCAGCCCUCAUUGACCUCCGAGUCGGCCACAUCCUCCGCGCAAUCGCCCACCCCAACGCAGACAGCCUGUUCGUUUCGACGAUCGCAAUGGGUGACCCUGAGGGCACAGAGCACACCCAAGUCGACGAGGAGACGGGCAAGGUCGUGCGAACAGUAUGCUCGGGUCUGAACGGGCUUGUUCCCUUGGAAGAAAUGCAGAAUCGCAAAGUCGUCGUGGUCGCCAACCUGAAACCCGUCAAUAUGCGCAGCAUCAAGUCCGCGGCUAUGGUGUUGGCGGCGUCUCCGGCUGCCGAAGAAGGCGCAGAUCCACACGCCGCGGACCGGGUCGUCGAGUUGGUCAAUCCACCUGAAGGCGCUGAGGCCGGUGACGCAGCCCACUUCGAGGGCUGGCCGUACGGAGAAGGAAAAGGACCAGAGAAGGUGCUCAAUCCGAAGAAGAAGCAGUGGGAGGCCAUCCAGCCGGGUUUCUUCACAUCGGAGGACCUUGUCGUUGGGUUCGAUGCGGCUAAGACUGAGAUUGAGGGUUCGGGGAAGGGAAAUCUGGUUGUCGAGGGCAAGGGAAAGUGCACGGUGAAGAGUUUGAAGGGUGCUGUUGUACGAUGA